AUGGGACUCAACAACGAGUGGUGUCCAGGCAUGGAGGACCAAGAGUCUGAGCUGCCGAUGGACCCGGAAAUCUGCUUCGAUCCGCUGUUCAUCGAUGAGGAAGAUAAGUAUGGGGAUGAUGUUGUUGAAGAGGAGACGGGCGCUUCAUUCCAGCCUCUACUGGGAGUUACCAGUACAAACACACUCCUGACGGGCUCAGCUCACAGUCAGUGCUCCCUGUCGGAUACCUACAGAGAGACACACCUGGAUGAGACACGAGCCCAGUUAAAGGACACGGACACCAUGUUUAGGAGUUGUGUAGGAGAAACUACAGACUCUUUUGGGUCUCACCUGUCGACGACGGCCCACACUAACACACAUCUUAGUGGGUACACAGACACACACCUGUCUGGACCAGCUCAGAACCAGAACCAGUCAGACAUACAGAAGAUGGUUGCUAUGAUGGGGAGCUGUGGUGGUAAUGACUGUCACACAGGUGGCUCCAUCCUGACCUACACAGACACACACAUGGAGGAGUCUAGGAACCAGUGCCAAAGUCACCUGAAGGAGGUGGAAUCCAUUUUGGAUCAGAGUGGAGCCACAGGAGCCGCUGUCCAGCCUCAGUUGCCUCCUCUUACCUCCGCAGGCACUCAGCUGAGUGGCACUAUGGCUGAGUAUCAGACAGAGCUAAUGGCGAUGCUGGCCAUGUUAGAGAACUGUAUGGAGGAGGCAGGGAUUACCUUUGACCCUUUAGAGUGGACUUACCCUAGUUUACCCAAAGGAUAUGGCCAACCCAACCCCAACAUGAAUAAGCCAUAUUUGGGAAGUACCUUUGGCCAAUUUGAGCCCCCGAGCUAUCAAGCUAUCUCCACAGAAAGACACUCGGAUGAGUUAGGAGACUGUGGAGAUACACACACAAGAGGGUCCGUGUCCACGGUGUGUGACGAGGACACAGAAGGACAUGUCUCCGGUGUCUCUGUUGGGGACACAGAGGCUCACAUUAUGUGGGGCCAACAACUAGAGACAGGGCUGGGAGGGGUGGAGAUGAGGGGAUCCAUGCAGGAGUUGGAGGUGUUGGGUACUGUGCUAGAGGGGUGCAUCGAGGAGGUGGAGAAACUGGAGAAGAGACGGAAUGAACUGAUGGGAGAGCUGCAGGCACUAAGGGAGGAGAAGACGGGGACAGAGGAAGGGAGUGAAGGAGGGCAGGCGGCACAGUUAAACCAGGUGCUGAAUAUUGAGGCCGAUGGGAGGAGGGAGGCGCGGAUAAGGGAGUGGCAGUCUUUGAGGGCUGAGAGGAGUGUGGAGGAGAGGAGGCUGUCCAGUGUGCGUCUGGAGAGGCAGGGUCUUCAGGAGGAGAUGAGGAGGCUGAAGAGGAGGCUGUUCUCUGUCGCCAGGGAGUGUGCUCACAACCAGGUCAUCCUGGCAACCCAGCAGCGUGACGUUGCCCAGCUCAACAAGGAACAGAUGGAACUUGACGCACUGAUCAUCAAGCUGACUGAGGAGGUGUCUCAGCUCCGCUCCACCCACCAGUCCCAGCUCUCCACUCUGCAGUCCCAGCUCCAGACCCGCAGCCAGACACCCAAGCCCAUAGAGGAGAUGACCCAGAGCAAGAGGAACUCAUGUGGGGACAUACAGCAGUACCUGCAGGGAGGGCUCAGAGCCCUGGAGGAAAGAUAUGAGCCAAUGCUUCUGGCCCUGUUGAAGCGGAGGGAGGGGACGUCAGAGGCCCUGGUGAAGGCCAGACAGCAGGCACAGGAGCUGAGGGCCCGUCGGGGACCCCUGAGGGAGGAGGGACAGAGGCUGGGGCUGCAGAGAGCCUGUCUGGAGGAGAGACUCAAACUGAUGGAGACCCACAGGAGAGAGGACGUGGAGCAGUACAGGGAGACAGUGGACAGGCUGGAGGAGACUAGCAGAGAGCAGAAGAUGGAGCUACAAAUCCAGAAGAGGAAAACCAAGGAGAUGGAGGAACUGAGAGACAGUCUUACUAAAGAACUCUACCUGUACAGAGGCAUUGUCGAGGACAGUAACAAGAAUGAUCUAGCCAGUGGGAAGGAGGAAACAUGACCACUGGGACAAAUAGAAGUACACUGAGUGUACAAAACAUUAAGAACACCUUCCUAAUAUUGCGUUGCACCCCCCUCCCUGUUGCCCUCAGA